UAUUAUUUGGCUGCAUUCUCUUCCCCUUUCUACCCUUCUCUCUGGGAACCAAUCACCUUGAGAGGGAUGGCUCCUCACGGCGACGAAUCAUCUGACGUUGCUCAAUCGGAGAGUCGCCGCCCGAUCUCCACCGUCGUCUUCAUCAUCGCUAUGCAAGCCGAAGCUUUACCUCUGGUCAACAAGUUCGGACUCGCCGAAGAUACUGAUUCACCGUUCCCAAAAGGAGUGCCUUGGGUCCGGUAUCACGGAUCAUACAAAGAUCUUCAUAUCAGUGUAGUUUGCCCAGGAAAAGAUGGAGCUUUAGGGGUCGAUAGCGUAGGAACUGUUCCAGCUUCUCUGAUAACCUAUGCUUCUAUCCAUGCAUCGCAACCAGACAUAAUAGUCAAUGCGGGGACUUGUGGCGGUUUUAAGAUUAAAGGAGCCAACAUAGGGGAUGUGUUCCUCGUGUCUGACGUGACAUUCCAUGAUAGGAGAAUACCGAUCCCAGUCUUUGAUCUGUAUGGAGUUGGUCAUCGUCAAGCAUUCUCGACGCCUAAUCUCCUUAAGGAACUCAACCUUAAGAUUGGCAGGUUGUCUACGGGUGACUCUCUGGAUCUGUCUACGCAAGAUGAAUCGUUGAUCAUAGCAAAUGAUGCUACGCUAAAGGACAUGGAGGGAGCAGCAGUGGCGUAUGUGGCAGAUCUGCUGAAAGUGCCAGUCAUAUUCCUAAAGGCGGUGACCGAUCUGGUGGAUGGGGACAAACCAACGGCAGAGGAGUUCUUGCAGAACUUGGCCGCUGUGACCUCUGCACUCGAGGAGACGGCCACUAAGGUUAUCAACUUCAUCAACGGUAAAUGUCUCUCGGACAUAUGACUACUGUGUUUUUGGCUCUUGAUUCUUGGAACACGGAUUCAUGUAAACCCAUGUAGCCUCAAACGGUUGUACAUUGAAACGUUUUACUGUCAUUGACCAUGAAUGGUUUAGACUAAGCAUUUCUUUUUUCUUUUC